CUCAGUGCGGAGCCGCGCAUGCUCCCCUUAGUGCCCCGGGGCGGAGCGGGCCCGUUCGGCGCGGGCGUGGCUACAGCUGCCGCGGAGUGAGGGUUCGGGUCCGCUCCGCGCUCUGCCAGCCCCUAUCUGGGCCCGCAGCUUAACAAAUGGCGGCACAGUGCGUGACAAAGGUGGAGCUGACUAUUGCCUGCACAAACCUUUUGGAUAAAGAUAUUGGUUCCAAGUCAGACCCGCUGUGUGUUCUUCUCCAGAAUACGAGUGGUCAGCAGUGGUAUGAGGUUGAUCGCACAGAAAGAAUUAAGAAUUCCUUGAACCCUAAAUUUUCAAAGAAAUUUCUAAUUGAUUACUAUUUUGAGCUUGUUCAGAAACUUAAAUUUGGGAUAUAUGAUAUUGAUAACAAAACCAUUGAACUGACUGAUGAUGACUUCCUAGGAGAAUUUGAAUGUACACUGGGACAAAUAGUUUCUAGCAAGACUCUAACUAAACCGUUGGUACUUAAAAAUGGCAGACCUGCUGGAAAAGGAAGCAUUACGAUUACAGCAGAAGAAGUGAAGGAUAACAGAGUUGUCUUAUUUGAAGUAGAAGCAAGGAAAUUGGACAAUAAGGAUUUUUUUGGGAAGUCAGAUCCUUAUCUGGAAUUCCACAAGCAGACUGCAGAUGGAAACUGGGUGAUGGUUCACAGAACAGAGGUUAUUAAAAACAACCUGAAUCCUGUUUGGAGGCCCUUUAAAAUCUCUCUCAAUUCUCUGUGCUACAGUGAUAUGGAUAAGCCAAUCAAGGUUGAGUGCUAUGACUAUGAUAGUGAUGGGUCUCAUGAUGUCAUAGGAAGUUUUCAAACCACGAUGUCAAAACUGAAGGAAGCAUCUCGGUCCUCACCUGUUGAAUUUGAAUGCAUCAAUGAAAAGAAAAGACAGAAGAAGAAAAACUACAAGAACUCUGGAAUUGUGAGUGUGAAGCACUGUGAGAUCGUAGUAGAAUGUACAUUCCUCGAUUACAUCAUGGGUGGGUGUCAGCUGAAUUUCACAGUGGGGAUAGAUUUCACAGGCUCCAAUGGAGAUCCACGCUCUCCAGACUCCCUUCAUUACCUCAGCCCUGAUGGAGUUAAUGAAUACCUAACAGCCAUUUGGUCUGUAGGGAUGGUCAUUCAGGAUUAUGACACAGAUAAGAUGUUUCCAGUCUUUGGAUUUGGUGCACAGAUUCCUCCUUCCUAUCAGGUGUCACAUGAAUUCCCUAUAAAUUUUAACCCAUCAAACCCAUUCUGUAAUGGAAUCCAAGGCAUUGUUGAUGCAUAUCGAGCUUGUCUUCCUCAAGUGAAGUUAUAUGGGCCAACCAAUUUUUCUCCAAUUAUAAAUCAUGUGGCAAGAUUUGCUGCCGCAGCCACACAACAGCAAACAGCAUCUCAAUACUUUAUUCUUCUGAUCAUAACGGAUGGUGUGAUAACAGACCUUGAUCAAACUCGAUCUGCCAUAGUUAAUGCUUCAAAAUUGCCCAUGUCCAUUAUCAUUGUUGGUGUUGGAGGAGCGGACUUUGAUGCUAUGGAGUUUCUUGAUGGUGACAAUGGAGUUCUUAGGUCUUCGUCAGGAGAACCGGCUGUCAGAGACAUUGUCCAGUUUGUGCCAUUUAGGAAGUUCCAAAAUGUGAGUAACGUGUCUCCAAAAGAAGCUUUGGCACAGUGUGUCCUGGCAGAAGUCCCUCAGCAAGUGGUGAACUACUUCAGCACCUACAAAUUGCAACCUCCUAAAAAUCCUGCUGCAAAGUGAGUGGACUGAGCAGGGAAGCUGAGACUUCAUGCCUUCUUUGCUUGGUGUACCUACAGACUUUGUUUCUUGAGAUAUUUCUAUAUACGUACAUAUGCACACCUCUGUGGUAAUGUGUUAGCUUUUUCCUGCAAAACAGUUUGCCAAGUGCCUCUUCUGAGGGCCAAAAUUGUAGUUGCUUUAGUAAUCAGUGUAGAUUUGUGGGAUAGAUCUUACAUGGAUGUGUUUUAUUUUGAAAAGUAAUAGAAGGGGAAAAAGAAGAGGUUGAAUAUGCAGAGAGAAGGAGGAGAAUGAUGGAGAGCAGAAUGGCUGCCUGUUUGAUAAAUAUGGCCAGUGAGAGUGAUCAGUUACUUGAGUGGGGAUCAACACUAAGCACUGCAGUUUCUCGGUGAUCAUAAAACCAGUGAAAAAGAGGGUAGAUCUCCAAGCAGAUAAGUGUACAUGCUACAACAAAUCUGGAAUACUUCAGGCUUCUGUGUCUAUUAAGGCACCAUAAGAAAAUUUUGUUACAGUAGUGAUGUAGUUACAUGAGUGCCAGAACAAAGUGUAAAAGCCCUCCUUGUGUACAUACUUUACAUUUGCUACUUCAGUGCCUUUGAUCAGUGCCUUAGAUCUAAGACUGUGUGAAUAUGUGGAAAAAUCUCUAAAAAUCUCAGAAAAAUACUACUGGCCCUUGAGACUACUACUAUAGAUGCUGUAAGAUAUGUUUGAGUCAAAACUUAACUAAAAAACAGGAACUUUAGGUGUUUUUCUUUCUCUCUUUUAAGUGAGACAGUUACAUGCUUGUUGAUCUUUAAAGGGCAAGGGCAUAUUGUGAAGUAGAAAUUAACAUUUUAACUGAAAAAUUCUGUUUAAUAACUGCAUGUUAACACACAAAGCUUGUUCUUGAAAGUGUUACCUACUACGUACUGAUCUUUGUCGUAUUUUGAAUCACGUAUUUUUCUUCUGAGCUCUCAAGAGCUAAUGAAAAGUGCCAGCGGAAAACAAUCCUUCCUCUUCCACCCCCAGUAGGAAGUUAUAAGGAAGUAUCUUCUGAAUUUUGGAUGGUCUAGUUGUGGCAUGUUUCAACGAAAUGGGCUAAAACUGAAUGUAAUGUUAUUGGGCACCCAAGAUGGCACCAGAUUAUAGUGUAUGUGUCUUUUCUGGCUGUUGGAGCUGCUAUGCUCUUCUCCCACAUACGUAUAAUUCUGCCAAAAAUCUGAGUUCAAGUUAAUGUAUUAAUAUUCAUGGGUGCGUAUUGAGAUCACCUUACACAUCCUGUAGGUUAGUCCAAAGGUUCUAUAGGCAGCUGACUAGUUACCAAUCAUCAAUUAAUGUGAUAUUCUUUACUCUGUUUUCUUUGAUGGAAGAGGGACCUAAAUUGUUUUAGGACUGAAAUACUAAGAAAGAUAUUUUGUUUUGUAUUAAGUCAAGCACUCUUAAAAAAAAAAAAAAAUACAUAUAUAUAUAUAUAUAUAAUUCAUGUUUGGUCAUAUAAAAAUAUAUGGAGUCAUUUCUUUGUAAGUGAAGUGCAAAUGCAUCAGUAUUUCAUACAUAAGGUAUAAUGAAUUCUCAUGCUAGAUCUGCAACAGAAAAUAUUAAGGAAGUAGUUACAAACCUAAAUCACACUGUUUUAGAUUGAUAAAGUAUGAUUUUGCACCAGUAAAGUUUUGUCAUGUGCUCCAUACACACAGAGAACAAACUAGAUGAGGUAUUAGCGCUUUGUCUAGAUUCAUUGAAGUGGAUGUGUACUACUGAUUGGAAUUUGGGAUACUACUAAAAUUCCUCUUGAGCUUUCUGCCAAAAAUAUGACGCUGCAUCUCAGUUAUCUCAGUUCUUCUCAUGUUGCUGUGGAAGUGCAUUUAAAUGCAUUAACGUAUGUUAAUAAGCAUAACUGUAGUGAUUGUCUUCCAUGUAUAAAAUAAAACUUGCUCCUAUAUUCCUUGAGCUUAGGAAAUUAAAUAGCAUAUCAGUAAUGCCUAAUUCUCAAGGUACCCUAUCCUUUGUAAAAGAAAUGUGUUUCAGACCUGACAAUGGUUAGAAUCAUUUUCCAAGUAUACUUCUCUUUGGGGCAUACAGCUAAGAGCGUGUUGAAAAAUUUGGAAAUUUCCAUGUUAGUCUGAAGCAGUAUUCUGAGCUAAUUGGAUCACGAAAUUGGAUCAAGAAGAAGGGGAAUUAUUUUGUUGUUUUGCCAUUUUUUAUUUUUACAUGUGAAAAAUGCCAUAUUAGUUUGAGAGUAACAAGCAAAAUAUUGUGUGUUAAGUUCUGGAAAGUGUGUGUGCUUGUAGAUCACUUGCACCAUCUUGUGAUAAAAAUGAUGUAUAGCAGUCUUUGUAAUCAAGAGCUUUUUGCUAUUUAAUGUCUUAAUAUAUACAUAUGUACAGCAGAGAAAUAACCUGUGACCAGAGUUUUUUUAAAUACUUCCCAUAUGUAUUUUGUUUCUGAAGCUAAAUGAUUUACAUUGCCUAUACAUUAAAACUGUCAUUUCAGUA